GCAGGGACCGAGGGAGAGCCCUCCCCACUGCCCGGCGCGGGAGCACGGGGAGUCUGUGGCGCUCAGGCUGCUCUCUCCGUAACUGGAGUUCAUUGAUUUUACGGGAAGCCGUGUUUACAGACAGAGUGCUGAUCGACCUGACGAGUUGACUUCUGCCUCCUUAAGUCCCAGCCGUACCGGGUGCAAUGAGCGCUCCGUGCCGGCCCUGCCAUGGAAGGCUGUGACUCGCCCGUCAUCCCCGGGAAGGACAAUGGGUGCGGCAUCUCUCAGCACCAGCAAUGGACUGAUCUCAACAGCGCCCACCUCCCCGACACGGCCGGCAGCAUGGAGCAGCCUGCGGUGGAGAGCCGCGGCCCCCUGGACAGCCUGAGGGUCCCUUUCCCCGAGCGCGUCUCCGAGAGCAGCGCCGCGGCCGGCCCCGGCGCCGAGCCUGCCAGCAAGGAGGUGAGCUGCGGGCAGUGCGCGGCCUCCUUCGCCGGCCUGCAGAGCUACAUGGAACACCGCUGCGCCAGCGCCCGCCCACCCCCGCCACUGAGGGGGGAGAGCGGGAGCGAGAGCAGCGAGGAUGGGGACGAGGAGAGCGAUGUGGAGAACCUGGCCGGCGAGAUCGUCUACCAGCCGGACGGCUCGGCCUACAUCGUGGAGAGCCUCAGCCAGCUGGUGCAGAGCGGGGCCGCCUGUGGCAGCGGGGCUCUCCCCUCGCUGCUCCCGAACUCUCUCUCCAAGCAGGGGGAGCCUUCCGGCACCGCCCCCGUCUACCCGCAGAUCAUCAACACCUUCCACAUAGCCUCAUCCUUCGGGAAGUGGUUUGAGGGCUCAGACCAGACCUUCCCGAAUACCUCAGCCCUGGCGGGCAUCAGCCCCGUCCUGCACAGCUUCCGCGUCUUCGAUGUGCGACACAAAAGCAACAAGGAUUACCUGAACAGCGAUGGUUCUGCCAAAAGCUCCUGCGUAUCCAAAGAUGUUCCCAACAAUGUGGACCUGUCCAAAUUCGAUGGCUUUGUGCUCUAUGGGAAGAGGAAGCCCAUCCUGAUGUGUUUCUUGUGCAAGCUUUCCUUUGGGUAUGUCCGCUCGUUCGUGACCCAUGCGGUGCACGACCACCGAAUGACUCUGAGUGAGGAGGAGCGGAAAAUUCUUAGCAAUAAGAACAUCUCCGCUAUCAUCCAAGGGAUAGGCAAAGACAAGGAACCUCUCGUCAGCUUUCUGGAACCAAAAAACAAAACCUUUCAGCACCCUCUUGUUUCCACAGCUAACCUCAUAGGCCCUGGACACAGUUUUUAUGGCAAAUUCAGUGGCAUUCGCAUGGAAGGCGAGCAGGCCCUGCAGGCUGGGCCAGCUGGCGGAGCGGAGCCGCCACCUUCAGGCGUCCUGGCCCCCGGUGCGCUCCUCAACCUGGGUGGGCUGACCAGCUCGGCUCUGAAGACUCCAAUUACCUCAGUCCCCCUGGGCCCGCUGGCUUCCAGUCCCACCAAAUCCUCCGAGGGGAAGGACCCUGGGGUGGCAGAGGGGGAAAAGCAAGAGGGGGGCGACCAGGACAGCCUCUCAGAGAAGGCAGAGCCUGUGGAAGAGGUGGAGGAAGAGGAAGAAGAGGAGGUGGAGGAGGAGGAGGAGGAAGAGGAGGAGGAAGAAGAGGAAGAAGAUGAGGAUGAUGAGGGUUGCAAAGGACUGUUUCCAAGUGAGUUGGAGGAUGAACUGGAGGACAGGCCCCAGGAGGACCCUGGGGCUGUGGCAGGCGGCAGCAGCAGCAGCAGCAGCAGCAGCAAAAAGGACCUUGCUCUCUCAAACCAAAGCAUUUCUAACUCUCCCUUAAUGCCUAACGUGCUCCAGACCCUGUCACGGGGCACAGCUUCUACUAGUUCUAAUUCUGCUUCUUCCUUUGUCUUUGAUGGUGCAAACAGGAGGAAUCACUUAAGCUUUAACAAUGAGGGCGGCGGAGCCAAUGUGGCAGAGGGCAGCAGGAGGCUGGACUUUAUCGAUGAAAGUGCCAAUAAAGACAAUGCCACAGCACCAGAACCAAAUGAGAGCACAGAGGGCGAGGACGGGAGCUACAUCUCCCAUCACCAGCAUGCUGGCCCCCUCUGUGAACUUGGGGGUGGGGAGUGCCCCUCGGGGAGUGGCGUGGAGUGCCCAAAGUGUGACACGGUCCUGGGCUCCUCACGGUCGCUGGGUGGCCACAUGACUAUGAUGCAUUCUCGCAACUCAUGUAAGACACUCAAGUGUCCCAAGUGCAAUUGGCACUACAAGUACCAGCAGACGCUUGAGGCGCACAUGAAGGAGAAACAUCCUGAGCCAGGGGGCUCCUGUGUCUACUGCAAAAGUGGGCAGCCGCACCCACGGCUGGCACGGGGUGAAAGCUACACCUGUGGUUACAAGCCCUUCCGCUGCGAGGUCUGUAACUACUCCACUACUACCAAAGGCAACCUCAGUAUUCAUAUGCAGUCUGACAAGCAUCUCAACAACAUGCAAAACCUGCAGAACGGAGGGGGAGAGCAAGUCUUCAGCCACACCGCCGGGGCGGCAGCAGCAGCUGCAGCAGCCGCGGCCGCUGCAGCAGCAAACAUUGGCAGCACCUGUGGGGCCCCCUCCCCCACCAAACCAAAAACCAAACCCACAUGGCGGUGUGAGGUGUGCGACUAUGAGACCAAUGUAGCCAGAAACCUUCGUAUUCACAUGACCAGUGAGAAGCACAUGCACAACAUGAUGCUGCUUCAGCAAAACAUGUCCCAGAUCCAACACAACCGGCACCUGGGCCUCGGGAGCCUGCCGUCCCCUGCCGAGGCCGAGCUCUACCAGUACUACCUGGCACAGAACAUGAACCUUCCCAACCUGAAGAUGGAUAGCACUUCCUCAGAUGCACAGUUCAUGAUGAGUGGAUUCCAGCUUGAUCCUGCCAAUCCCAUGGCAGCAAUGGCUCCAUCUCUAGUGGGUGGAGAGAUCCCCCUGGACAUGCGGUUAGGCGGUGGACAGCUGGUGUCUGAGGAGCUAAUGAACUUGGGUGAAAGUUUCACGCAGACAAAUGACCCAUCACUGAAGCUCUUCCAGUGUGCUGUGUGCAACAAGUUCACUACAGAUAAUUUGGACAUGCUGGGCCUUCACAUGAACGUGGAGCGCAGCCUCCCUGAAGAUGAGUGGAAGGCAGUGAUGGGAGACUCAUACCAGUGCAAGCUGUGCCGCUACAACACGCAGCUCAAGGCAAACUUCCAGCUCCACUGUAAGACGGACAAGCAUGUACAGAAAUACCAGCUGGUAGCACACAUCAAGGAGGGUGGGAAGGCCAACGAGUGGAGGCUGAAGUGUGUGGCCAUUGGGAAUCCGGUACAUCUGAAAUGCAAUGCUUGUGACUACUACACCAACAGUCUAGAGAAGCUGCGUCUUCACACAGUAAACUCGAGGCAUGAGGCCAGCUUGAAGCUCUAUAAGCACCUUCAGCAUCACGAGAGCGGGGUUGAGGGUGAAAGCUGCUAUUACCACUGUGUCCUCUGUAACUACUCCACCAAGGCCAAGCUGAACCUCAUCCAGCACGUGCGCUCCAUGAAACACCAGCGGAGUGAGAGCCUCCGCAAGCUGCAGCGUCUGCAGAAGGGUCUCCCUGAAGAAGAGGAAGACCUGGGACAGAUCUUCACCAUCCGCAAGUGUCCGGCUGCCGAUGUGGACGAAGCCACUGAAGAUGCAGAAGGACCCAAUGAAACAGCUGUUGAUGCUGAAGAGCCUGCCAAGGAGCAAGAGAGUGCAGGGGACAAGGACCAGAGCAAAUGGACAGCGUCGGCCAGCCAGGCAGAGAAGGAGCUGAUGGAGCCUCCAGCAUCCUCUAAACGAGUACCAUUUCCCGGCAGCUCUGAGUCGCCUCUCUCCUUUAAAUGGUCAAAAACUUCAGAAGAGACCAAAUCGGAGCAGAUGUACCAGUGUCCAUACUGCAAGUACAGUAACACAGACGUGAAUCGGCUGCGGGUGCACGCCAUGACCCAGCACUCGGUGCAGCCCAUGCUCCGCUGCCCGCUCUGCCAGGACAUGCUCAACAACAAGAUCCACCUGCAGCUGCACCUCACUCACCUGCACAGUGUGUCCCCUGACUGUGUUGAGAAGCUCAUCAUGACGGUGACAACACCGGAGGUGAUGAUGCCCAGCAGCAUGUUUCUGCCAGCAGCCGCUCCGGAGAAGGACGGGAGCUCCACCACCGAGGAGCCGGGGAAGCAGCCUGAGCUCUCUGAGGACUCAGGAAAGAGUCUUUUACCAUCGGAAGGUACGGAGCACAGCGGUGAACCCAAGCCCGCUCCAGCUGAUCAGAGCUCUGCCAGGGAGGACUCCGGUUUCCUCUGCUGGAAGAAGGGAUGCAACCAGAUGUUCAAAAGCUCAGCAGCCCUGCAGACGCAUUUCAAUGAAGUUCACGCCAAGCGGCCCCAGCUCCCAGUGUCUGAUCGCCAUGUCUACAAGUACCGCUGUAACCAGUGCAGCUUGGCAUUCAAAACUAUCGAGAAGCUGCAGCUCCAUUCCCAGUACCACGUGAUCCGAGCAGCCACCAUGUGCUGCCUCUGCCAGCGCAGCUUCCGAACCUUUCAGGCCUUGAAGAAGCACCUGGAAACCAGCCAUCUGGAGCUGAGUGAGGCCGACAUUCAGCAGCUGUACGGUGGCCUUUUGGUCAAUGGAGACCUCCUUGCUAUGGGUGAUCCUUCACUUGCAGAAGACCACACUAUUAUAGUUGAGGAAGAUAAGGAGGAAGAGAGCGACUUGGAAGAUAAGCAGAGCCCGACAGGGAGUGAUUCGGGGUCGGUACAAGAGGAUUCUGGCUCUGAACCAAAAAGGGCCUUACCCUUCAGGAAGGGCCCUAACUUCACUAUGGAGAAAUUCCUAGAUCCAUCUCGCCCUUACAAAUGCACAGUCUGCAAGGAGUCUUUCACGCAAAAGAACAUUCUCCUGGUUCAUUACAAUUCAGUUUCUCAUCUGCAUAAACUGAAACGAGCCCUCCAAGAGUCUGCUACUGGGCAACCUGAACCUACCAGUAGCCCCGACAACAAACCCUUUAAGUGUAACACAUGCAACGUUGCCUACAGCCAGAGCUCUACCUUGGAGAUCCAUAUGAGGUCUGUCCUACAUCAAACAAAGGCUCGCGCAGCCAAGCUAGAGGCAGCGGGAGGCAGCAGCAGUAGUAAUGGAGCUGGCAAUAGCAGCAACAGCAGUCUCUCCUUGGGUUCAUCUACACCAAGCCCAGUGAGCACUAGCAACAGUAAUGCUUUUACAACCACCAACACAAGCAAUUCGGGCACCGCUCCCAUUCCCAGCCUGCUCAGUCAGGUGCCCAGUGACACCGUGGGAAUUCCUCCCAUAGGUAACCCUGUUAGCACUAAUAUCUCCUCCCCUUCUGAGCCCAAAGAGGUAAACCGGAAGAAGCUGGCAGACAUGAUUGCAUCCAGGCAGCAGCAGCAGCAACAGCAGCAGCAGCAGCAGCAGCAACAGCAAGCUCAGACCUUAGCACAGGCACAGGCCCAAGUCCAGGCCCACCUGCAGCAGGAACUGCAGCAACAAGCUGCUCUCCUGCAGUCUCAGCUCUUCAAUCCAGCGCUUUUGCCACACUUUCCAAUGACCACUGAGACCCUUCUGCAGCUUCAACAACAGCAGCAUCUUUUGUUUCCUUUCUACAUUCCCAGCGCUGAGUUCCAGCUCAACCCAGAAGUUAGUUUGCCUGUCACCAGUGGUGCACUGACACUGACCGGUACGGGUCCAACUUUGCUGGAGGACCUGAAGGCCCAGGUUCAGCUCCCUCAACAGAGCCAUCCACAGCUCCUUCAGCAGCAGCAAGGUCAGCUAUCCUUGUCACAACCUCACUCUGUCCUUAUACAGCAGAGUCAGCACUCAGAGAAGAAGAAUAAACCCAUAGUGAAGGAGAAGGAAAAAGAAACCCCACGGGAAAGUGCAGAGAGGGGAGAUGCUAGUGCAGCAUCUAAGGAGUCUCUGCCUGAUAACUUAAAGCCCAAAGACAAGAAGGACUUUGUACCAGGCAGCAGUUCAGAGCCCUCCUUACUGCCCCCACGUAUUGCAUCUGAUGCAAGAGGGAAUGCCACAAAAGCCUUGCUGGAAAACUUUGGCUUUGAGCUUGUCAUUCAGUAUAACGAGAACAAGCAGAAAGUGCAGAAGAAAAAUGGCAAGACAGAGCAAGGUGAGAACUUGGAAAAGCUGGAGUGUGAUACAUGUGGAAAAUUCUUUUCAAACAUCCUCAUCCUGAAGAGCCACCAAGAGCAUGUUCACCAACAUUACUUUCCUUUUAAGCAGUUGGAGAAAUUUGCCAAACAGUACCGAGAACACUAUGACAAAAUGUACCCACUACGGCCUCAGACCCCAGAGCCACCGCCACCGCCUCCACCACCCCCACCUCCACUGCCUCCAGCACCUCCUCAGCCAGCUUCUACUCCUACCAUUCCUACUUCUGCCCCACCAAUUACCUCUCCUACAAUUGCACCAGCCCAGCCAUCUGUGCCACUCACCCAGCUCUCUAUGCCAAUGGAGCUCCCCAUCUUUUCACCACUGAUGAUGCAAACCAUGCCACUACAAACAUUACCUGCUCAGCUGCCACCCCAGCUUGGUCCUGUAGACCCUCUGCCUACCGACUUGGCCCAAUUAUACCAGCAUCAGCUCAACCCAAGCCUUCUCCAGCAGCAGCAGAACAAGAGGCCACGGACACGAAUCACCGAUGACCAACUCAGAGUCCUUCGGCAGUAUUUUGAUAUUAACAAUUCCCCAAGUGAGGAACAGAUCAAAGAGAUGGCAGACAAGUCUGGAUUGCCCCAGAAGGUGAUCAAGCACUGGUUCAGAAAUACUCUUUUCAAAGAACGCCAGCGUAACAAGGAUUCCCCAUACAACUUCAGUAAUCCCCCCAUUACCAGCCUGGAAGAACUGAAGAUAGACUCACGGCCUCCUUCUCCAGAACCUCAAAAGCAGGAGUACUGGGGAAGCAAACGGUCCUCCCGGACACGCUUUACUGACUACCAGCUCAGAGUCCUGCAAGACUUCUUUGAUGCCAAUGCUUAUCCAAAGGAUGAUGAAUUUGAGCAGCUGUCUAACUUGCUGAACCUCCCAACACGCGUCAUAGUGGUGUGGUUUCAGAAUGCCCGUCAGAAAGCUAGGAAAAACUAUGAGAAUCAGGGAGAAGGCAAAGAUGGGGAACGGCGGGAGCUUACAAAUGACAGAUACAUUAGAACAAGCAACUUGAAUUACCAGUGCAAAAAGUGCAGCCUAGUCUUUCAGCGCAUUUUCGAUCUCAUUAAACACCAGAAAAAGCUUUGUUACAAAGAUGAGGAUGAGGAUGGACAGGAUGAUAGCCAGAAUGAAGACUCUAUGGAUGCAAUGGAGCUUUUGACUCCAGCCAGUUCCUCCUGCAGCACACCAAUGCCCUCACAAGCUUACAGCACGCCUACAUCUUCAGCUAAUGCAACCUCCUCAGCUUUUCUGCAGCUCACAGCAGAGGCAGAUGAUUCCUCCACCUAUAGUUCUAAAGUAGAAGCUACAGAUGAGAAACCAAAGCAGUCUGAACCUCCAAGUACACAGCAAAACCAAACUCAAGAGAAGCAAGUACAACCAAAGCAAGAGUCUCAGCAGCAACAGGACCAAGGAGAACAGAAGACAAGUUCAGCACACCAAAAGAUUUCACAGUUAUCCUCCCCCUCUUCACUGCAGCAGCCACCUCCACCUCCUCAGCCCCCUCAGUGUUCCUUGUCACAGUCAAGCCCAAGUCCAUCUCAGUUGUCACAUCUCUCCCUCAAACCCAUUCACACAUCAACCCCUCAACAGCUGGCAAACCUACCUCCGCAGCUAAUCCCGUACCAGUGCGACCAGUGUAAGCUGGCAUUUCCUUCCUUUGAGCACUGGCAGGAGCAUCAGCAGCUUCAUUUUCUGAGUGCACAAAACCAGUUUAUCCAUCCUCCAUUCCUGGACAGAACGCUGGAUAUGCCUUUCAUGCUUUUUGAUCCCAGUAAUCCACUACUUGCGAGCCAGCUGCUGUCUGGAACGUUACCACAGAUUUCAGCUACUUCAGCUACUUCGCCAUCAACACCAACAUCCACAAUGAACACGCUGAAGAGAAAGCUGGAGGAGAAGGCCAGUGCGAGCCCCGGAGAAAAUGACAGUGGGACUGGAGGAGAAGAACCACAAAGGGAUAAGCGUCUAAGAACAACGAUUACCCCAGAGCAGCUGGAAAUUCUUUAUCAGAAAUACUUGCUCGACUCCAACCCAACACGGAAAAUGUUGGAUCACAUUGCACAUGAAGUGGGCUUGAAGAAACGUGUGGUGCAAGUUUGGUUUCAGAACACCCGUGCGCGGGAAAGGAAGGGGCAGUUCAGAGCUGUGGGGCCUGCCCAAGCCCACAGACGGUGUCCGUUCUGCCGAGCUCUCUUUAAAGCAAAGACGGCUCUUGAAGCUCACAUCCGAUCUCGCCACUGGCACGAGGCCAAGAGAGCUGGGUACAACUUGACGUUGUCUGCUAUGCUCUUAGAUUGCGACGGGGGACUCCAGAUGAAGGGAGACAUCUUCGAUGGAACCAGUUUUUCCCACGUGCCACCAACUAGCAGUGAUGGUCAGAGCGUUCCUCUCUCCCCCGUGAACAAGAGCAUGGAACUGUCACCUCGAACUCUGCUGAGCCCGUCCUCCAUCAAGGUGGAAGGGAUAGAGGACUUUGAGAGUCCCUCCAUGUCCUCGGUCAACCUGAGCUUUGACCAAACAAAACUGGACAAUGACGACUGCUCUUCUGUCAACACUGCUAUCACAGACACUACAACAGGAGACGAAGGGAACGCAGACAACGACAGCGCAACAGGGAUCGCAACUGAAACCAAAUCGACAUCAGGACCCAGCGAAGGUCUGACAAAAGCUGCCAUGAUAGCAAUGUCUGAAUAUGAAGAUCGGCUGUCUUCUGGCCUGGUCAGCCCAGCUCCCAGCUUUUACAGCAAAGAGUAUGAUAAUGAAGGUACUGUGGACUAUAGUGAAACAUCCAGCCUUGCGGAUCCCUGCUCACCCAGCCCUGGUGCAAGUGGUUCGGCCAGCAAAUCUGGGGAGAGCGGGGAUCGGCCCGGGCAGAAACGCUUUCGCACUCAGAUGACUAAUCUCCAGCUAAAAGUUCUUAAGUCAUGCUUUAAUGACUACAGGACACCUACCAUGCUGGAGUGUGAGGUCCUGGGCAAUGACAUUGGACUGCCAAAGAGAGUUGUUCAGGUCUGGUUCCAGAAUGCUAGGGCAAAGGAGAAGAAGUCCAAACUCAGCAUGGCCAAGCAUUUUGGUAUAAACCAAACAAGUUAUGAGGGACCCAAAACAGAGUGCACUUUGUGUGGCAUCAAGUACAGCGCUCGACUGUCUGUACGUGACCAUAUCUUCUCUCAACAGCAUAUCUCCAAAGUUAAAGAAACCAUUGGAAGCCAGUUGGAUAAGGAAAAGGAGUAUUUUGACCCAGCUACUGUACGUCAGUUGAUGGCUCAGCAGGAGCUGGACCGGAUCAAAAAAGCCAAUGAGGUUCUUGGUCUGGCAGCUCAACAGCAGGGCAUGUUCGAUAACACCCCUCUGCAAGCUCUUAACCUUCCUGCUGCAUAUCCAGCACUACAGGGCAUCCCUCCAGUCUUGCUCCCAGGCCUCAACAGCCCAUCCUUACCAGGCUUCACUCCAUCCAACACAGCUUUAACUUCUCCCAAACCCAACCUGAUGGGCCUGCCCAGCACAAGCGUCCCUUCGCCCGGCCUUCCCACCUCUGGAUUACCAAAUAAGCAGCCCCCGGCAGCGCUCACCUCACCCACCCCGGCACAGGGCACGGCCAUCGCCCCGCAGCAGCCUCCGGCGACAACACCGCAGCCGCAGCCGCAGCAGCAGCCCCCGCCACCACGCAAGGAGAAGGAGGGCGAGAAGGCGAAAGAGAAGGAGAAGGCGCCCAAGGGGAAGGGGGACCCCCUGCCAGGGCCCAAGAAGGAGAAGGGGGAGGCACCGGCGGGUGCCCUUGCAGCCCCACUGCCUGCCAUGGAGUACGCGGUGGAACCGGCGCAACUCCAGGCACUGCAGGCCGCCCUGAGCUCCGACCCUGCCACGCUGCUGACCAGCCAGUUCCUGCCCUACUUCGUCCCUGGGUUCUCCCCCUACUACGCCCCGCAGAUCCCGGGUGCCCUGCAGAGCGGGUACCUGCAGCCCAUGUACGGGAUGGAGGGGCUCUUUCCCUACAGCCCCGCGCUGUCGCAGGCACUGCUGGGGCUGUCCCCCGGCUCCCUGCUGCAGCAGUACCAGCAAUACCAGCAGAGUCUGCAGGAGGCAUUGCAGCAGCAGCAGCGGCAGGCGCAGCAGCAGCAGCAGCAGCAGCAGCAGCAGCAGCAGAAAGCGCAGCAGCCCAAAGGAAGCCAAACCCCCGUUCCCGCGGGGGCCGCCACCCCGGACAAAGACCCUGCCAAAGAACCCCCCAAGCAAGAAGAGCAGAAGAACGCACCCCGCGAGGUGUCCCCCCUCCUGCCCAACCCCCCCGAGGAGCCCGAAGCAGAAGGCAAGGGUGCGGACUCCCUCUGCGACCCCUUCAUCGUCCCGAAGGUGCAGUACAAACUGGUCUGCCGCAAGUGCCAGGCGGGCUUCGGCGACCAGGAGGCGGCCAGCGACCACCUGAAGUCCCUCUGCUUCUUCGGCCAGUCUGUGGCGAACCUGCAGGAGAUGGUGCUUCACGUGCCCACCGGCAGCGGCCAGGGCAGCGGCUCGUACCAGUGCGUGGCGUGCGAGAGCACGGUGUGUGGGGACGAAGCCCUCAGUCAGCAUCUCGAGUCAGCCCCGCACAAACACCGAACAAUCACAAGAGCAGCAAGAAACGCCAAAGAGCACCCCAGUCUAUUACCUCACUCUGCCUGCCCCCCCGACCCCAGCACCGCAUCUACCUCGCAGUCGGCCGCUCACUCAAACGACAGCCCCCCGCCCCCCGGCCCCCCCCCGGCUUCCCCCCACGCCUCCAGAAAGCCCUGGCCCCCGGCCGCCCCCCGCGCCCCGCCGGGGAAGCCGCCGCCGCCGCCCUUCCCUCCUCUCUCCUCAUCUUCAACGGUUACCUCAAGUUCAUGCAGCACCUCAGGGGUUCAGCCCUCGAUGCCAACAGACGACUAUUCGGAGGAGUCUGACACGGAUCUUAGCCAAAAGUCAGAUGGACCGGUGAGCCCGGCGGAGGGGCCCCGGGAGCCCGGCUGCCCUAAGGACAGUGGUCUAGCUAGUGUAGGAAUGGACACCUUCAGAUUGUAAGCUUUGAAGAUGAACAAUGAAAAUGAAUUUAAAUAAAAAAAAGUUAAUAACAAACCAAUUUCAAAAAUAGACUAACUGCAAUUCCAAAGCUUCUAACCAAAAAAAGAAAAAAGAAAAAAAGAAAAAGUGUGGGUUGUUUUCCCAUAUAACGAUGCCGGUGGGUUUUACAUUUCUUUUUUCCUUUCCUUUUAAUAAAAUAAAACUGAAAAAAAAAAAAAAAAAAAAAAAAAAAAGACAAACUGUUACAUUUGUCCUUUCGAAGGUACUGUUGGUCUGGGAGAUGAGAGCCCGCGCUGCCUCCGUCGUGUCCUCGGAGCGGAAGCCCCUUGUACAUUGCCCCUUCUGAGUACGCCCCACGUCAAUAGCACAGCAGAGGCCGGCAUGCACUGUAUGGGAAAGCAGCCCACCUUGUUACAGUUUUAAAUUUCUUGCUAUCUUAGCAUUCAGAUACCAAUGGCUUGCUAAAA